CACCGAUCGAGGCAAAGUAUGCAAUGGCAAAUAAAACUGAAAAUUAGUGAAACACUGUAAUCUGAAAUUGUGAUAAUUUGUUUUGCAGGUAUUUUAUUCCCGGCCUGCAUACAAACUUUUGGGUUUGGUUGCCGGUGACUUUAGGACUAAAUGUACUGCUGGAGUGGCAUAGCUUAGCUUUGGUUUUCGUUGAAACCUUCAUAUGGAAUCUUGUGUAUGCCACAUCCUGUAUGUUUCGAAUUCUGCAAAUCCUGGCCAACGAGCUUUCAGAUCGAAAACGGAAUGAAGGAAUAUGGACAGUAGAGUUUGAAAAAUUCUCAACUUUACAUGAUUCUGUGUUGAGAUCGGCUGGGACACUGGAGGAAAUUCUUAGCGGACAUAUGCUUUUGCUUUAUGUAUCGACCAUAUUUUCUCUAUGCCUGUCGAUGGUUGUUUUGUCUUUGCCCAUCGAUGACUUUAUUUUGCUGCUAACAACAUUUGUCGCAUUUGGCUACUGUAUUUUUCAAACCUUUUCCUUCUCUUACCUCGGCACUGAACUCAUUGAGCAAAGCGAAGCUGUAGCGGACGCAAUUUUCCACAGCAAAUGGUACACGCAGAAGCUGAACAGACAGAAAGACAUGUGUUUCUUGAUGAUGCGAGCAAAUAAGCCGGUGAAAUUGACUGCCGCCAAGUUGUUCGUUGUAACACGCGAUUCCUUCACCCAGGUGAUUAAACAGGCAUACACAAUCUUUACAUUGAUGUCACAGUUUUUGGACAACCCUGUGAAUUAAAAUAUUUGGAUUGUAGAGAAUCAUACAAUUGCGUAUCCAAUCAAUUAUAAUU